AUGUCCACGCAGAAUACCGUCCUUUUGAAAACCCAAGAGAAUUGGAAGGAAUGGAACACGCAGUUUGAAGGUUUAGCCAGAGGCAAGAAUUUAUGGGGAAUUAUUACUGGCGAUGAACAAGAGAUUUUAAAGCCAGCACCACCUACCGAUGACACUUUGGCACCACCAGCUGGAAGUACACGAUCAACAAAUCCUACCUCCCUUGCUGAUCGACAAUUUGCUUGGACUGUUUACAAAAGCCUUCGUGACGACUAUAUUCUUCAACAAACUGAACUAAGCAAACUGCGGGAGUGGAUGCAGAAGACUAUUUCUCCACAAGUGUAUGAAUAUUGCUGCGAUCCAGAGGAUUCGAUGAAGGAAUGGUACGCCAAACUAAAGCAACGGGUGGGAAUUGAUGAUGCCACAGUCAAGAAACUUGCCCGCGAAGCACCUCGGGAUGUACUUACCUGGUUAAACAAUUGGGAAGAAGCAAUGCACAAGGCCGAAAAAGCUAGAAUUGCAGUGGCUGUAACCACAAGUGACUGGAUUGAGGAUUUCCUGAAUGCUGUACGGACUUUAAACCCGGUAUGGGCAACCUCAUAUGAGAUUGCUAAGACACAAGACUUCCGAAAAGGUUUGGAUACCAAAUUGAUUCAACAGAGCAGCAAUAUUGCCAAAGGGUCAUUUGGUCCAACCUUUGAUGCUGAAGAAGCUAAGACUGAAGGCACGGAAUUGAAUCACGCACCAAAAGGUCAAAGCUAUACCCAGAAGCGCAAGCAAAAGCCUAAAAUCUCGAGAGCUGCAAUAUAG